AUGGAGCAUAAAGAACCUAAAGAGAAAUUAAAAGAAGAAGUGAAUCAUUUGAAACCUCCAAUGUCAACACCAAUGAUUUUCGAGGUGUUUUCUUUUACAAGACCACCAAAUCAAGUCACAGAGAUAAUUGAAGCUAAAGAAGAAGGGAAUGAUGAGUCUCAUUUUGUCAAGAAAAAUCUGGAAAGAGACAAGACAAAAGCUAAAGACACGGGAACGAAGAAAGAACCCAAGAGGAAGCUUAAUCAAGAUGUCAAUCCAAAAAUGUCAUAA